AUGGAGUUGUAUAAGACUACCAGUUUUCUAUGGUACUACCUUACCAUCCUCUUGGCCUUUUGCCAAGUUUUGGAAGCGCAGGCGCCAGCAGGACCAAAAAAAGAGAGAGUGCCGCUGCCAGCACUGCCAACUGAUGAGCCGCUCCCCGCCAAGGACAGUCUUCAAAUUAAGCUGGACCGUGACCUAUAUGCCAAGGGUUCAAUGGUCUUCUCUAGUCAUCUCAAAUUUGAGAACCCGCAAACAAUUACAGCCAGUCAGAUGAAGAGAAUCGCUGUAGAUGCGUACGACGAGAUGCGGAGCAUGGCCAAGAAGAACGGUAUUCCGGAGGGAGAUAUGCCACGUGUCAUGACUACCCUUAUUAUUGACAAUGAACUCAUCUUUGCGUCCUCGGCAAAAGGCCCGCAAACGCCAUAUGGGAAAGAAAGCCAAGUACAAGCCGAUUUAGACGCCUGCAGGGGACCUGGAGACAAUCGUCACAAGCAUAAUGGAAGGUGUGGUGAGGUAAUGGCCCUCCAUGAAUACUAUCAGAGUCACGGUGUUACCAAAAGGUUAGAAAAAGAAAGCGGCGCUCGCAUUGUCGCAAUCGCAGGCACGAGAAACGCCAAGGGGCAGCUGGAAAAGGUUAUUUACCCCCCCUGUGGUCACAAGGAUGAUUGGGGUUGUGACAGACUAGUACAACAACUGGAUGUAUUGGAUGAUGCAAAGGUUGACAAGGACAAGGACACGCCAGCCUUUAGAUACAAGAACAUGAUAAAUAACCCUAAGCCCGAACUCAAGCCAGUGGAUCCAACCAGCUUGUCCAAGGAGAAAGGGAAAGAAAAGCCGAAGCCUGGAGGCAGCAAUGACGAUGAGUUUGAGGAGCCGCCCAAAUACGACGAGUCAACAGAAAAAGAAGGAAAAACGAGAAGGCCGCAACAACCCAACAGAAACAAAGGAAAGACGGGUACCCAAGAUAACAAGCCAUCCCAGCCCAAAGAGCAGGAUGAUGGCGGAGAUUUUGAGGAGCCGCCCAAGUACGAAGAGCCAACAUCAGAUGACAGAAAGAAGGGGAAGACCUCUCAGAAAGAUAGAAACAAAUCCCAGACAAACGCACAGAAGAAGAAGACUGGAAACAGGCCUCGCCACUUCCAAGGGUAA